CACCAAAAACCCCCCCAAUUUCUUCCCCCAUGGACCCACCACCUCUCUCCGCCACGGUCGCCGCUGCUGCCACGGCCGCCCCAGCCCCCGCCACCACCACCACCACCACCACCACGACCACUCCUAUCCCCACCUCCCAACCCUACCCCGAAUCCGUGGAUUCCUCCCCUCGUUCCCGACACACCGACUCCUGGGAUGAUCCCCCUCUUAACAACUCUACCGGCGCCGCCAACACCGCCACGAAACUCCGCCUCAUGUGCAGCUACGGCGGCCAUAUCGUCCCCCGUCCUCAUGAUAAGUCUCUCUGUUAUGUUGGUGGCGAAACGCGUAUCAUUGUUGUCGAUCGUAACGUCACGCUCACGUCUUUAACGUCACGUCUCUCCCAGUCGUUACUUAAUGGCCGGCCGUUUAGUUUGAAAUACCAGCUGCCGUCUGAGGACUUGGAUUCUUUGAUCUCUGUUACGACGGAUGAAGACCUUGAGAAUAUGAUCGAGGAGUAUGAGCGUACGACGUCUAAUUAUCAGAAGCCUUGUAGGUUGCGUUUGUUUUUGUUUCAGAAUAACAAGCUCGAAACAUCUCAAUCGCAAUCGAUUCUCGAGGGUUCGACCAAGUCCGAUGAGUGGUUUUUGAACGCGCUGAAUGGGGCGGGUGGGGCUUUGAAUCGUGGGUUUUCGGACUCGUCUUCGGUGAAUUGUUUGUUAGGUCUUGAUGAUGAGAUUGUCCUGGCGGCCGCUGGAGGCGGAAGCGGCGGCGGAGGCGGCGCGGUGGGGAAGAAAGUCCAAGAGGUGCACUCGGUGCCGGAUUCUCCGAUGGUGGAAACGACGUCGUCUUUUGGGUCUAGUUCUUCCUCGCCUUCGUUGGCGAAUUUGCCGCCGAUACGAGUUCAUGUUGAGGAGAAUGUUAAUGUUAAUAGUGCUAAGGCGGUUCAAGAUCAGAAACAAAUGGUGGGGAUUGAAGAGCAAUUUGGGCAGCUGAAUGUUGGUGGUGGAGUUUCAAAGCAGGUGGAAGAAGGGUUCGUUGUGUUGUCGUCGCCGCCGCCACCUCCGCCUCAGACCACCGUUGGAAUGAGUGGGGUGGUGGUUCCUGGCGAUUAUAUGAAUAGGGUAAUCUCUGAUGAUGAGAGAUCGGAUCAUGGUGUACCUGUUGCGUAUCGAAAAGCACCAGCUCAGUCACAGCCACAGCUACAGCCACAGCCACAGCCACAGAAGACAAGCGGCGGAGGUGGUGGCGGCAGCGGCAGUGGCGGUGCUGGUUUUGAUUUGCCAUCCCCAGAUUCAGUUUCAAGUGAUAGUAGUCUUACAAAUGCUAUAUCUCGUCAAAAGCCUGUGAUUUAUCAAGACCCUGUCAUGCAAAUGCAACCUGGAGCUAAUAGGGUUCCUGUUAACCCUGUUGAUCCAAAGAUUAAUCUCUCUGAUCCGAAUGCAAAUACGCGAGUUCAUGUACAGCAAGUUCAGGAUUCUGCUUCUGCGUAUGUAUUCCAACAAGCGCAACUUGAACAACAGCAGCAGCUACAACAACACCAACACCAGCAACAUCAGCAGCUACAACAACACCAGCAACAUCAGCUACAACAACAACAACAGCAACAUCAGCUACAGCAACAACAGCAACAUCAGCUACAACAACAACAGCAACAUCAGCAACAAUUUAUUCAUCCUGGUGCACACUAUAUUCAGCAACAUACGGCUGGAGCUGUGCCCAUUUCACAUUAUUAUCCUGUGUAUCCGUCGCAACAGCAACAGCAACAGCAGCAGCAACAACAACAACAACAGCAACAACAUCAUCAUCAACAUCAUCAACACCAUCAGGUUGAUCAGCAGUAUCCGGUGUACUAUGUUCCUGCUAGACAGCAACAGGCGGCUUAUAACAUGUCUGUGCAACAACCUAAUGCUAUCAGUGAAGCACCCACAAGUAUUCCCUCUAGUCGGCCUCAAACUCCUACCAGUCCUCCGAUGGUUGCUGCUGCUGCAGCUUAUAACCCCAUUAGAAAUGCGCAUAUUGGUAAACCUGAAUUGGGCGGCCCGGGUGUGUACAGAACUGCAACUACAGGUGCUCCCCAAUUGGUCCAAGUGCCUGCUAGUCAGCAUCAACAGCCGUAUGUUGGUUAUGCGCAGAUUCAUCAUCCAUCCCAGUCUGUUGCUGCUCCUACUUCUGCAGCGGCAACGACUAAUUAUGGUUAUGAAUUUGCAGAUCCUGCUCAUGCACAGAUAUACUACACUCAGCCUAUGGCUCCCACAAUGACUUCUCAGUACCAAACCAUGGCAGGUACUGCUGCUGUAGUGUUGCCGGAUGCUACUGCUCAGCUUUCGGCUGAGAAUAUCAAGCAACAACAGAUCAGAACUUCACAGCCGUUAUAAAAUAAUUGAAGAAAGAAGAAACAAUUUUGAAGGAAGGGUUUGGUUUAUAUACUUUUUUUCUUGUUUAGUGUUCUUGUUAUUACUGGUAUUGGUUUGUGAUAUGUAUUUGUGAUUAGAUAAUAAGGAACUGUGGAUUUGUUUACUCUUUCUUGUAUUUCAUAUCUUAUAGGAAACGAUAGUGGUCUGAGAUUAUACUCUGUAAAAGCUCAAAACUGAAAUAUUGUGUUGCUUUGUGCAGUUCAUAUAUCAUUUACUGAAUAAUCAUUUUUUAAGUAGUUAAGAGAGUUUUUGAGUUCA